AUGGCCAUGAAAAUCACAGCCCUUUCCGUAUAUCCCAUCAAGGGUUUGCGCGGCAUCGAGCUCGAGUCAGCCCAGAUUGGGCCGCUGGGAAUAAAGCAUGACCGAAGCUUUAUGCUGUACGAAGUGCAUCCGACUACUGGGGAGCUGAAGAAGAUUCAACUGGACACACACCCAAAAUGCGCCCUAUUCGAACCGCACAUCACCCCCGGACUUCAGGACGGGCCUUCUCUGCUCGUCGUGCGGUACCUUGGCCGCGCGCUGCAGGGCUCCGAGGCCGCCGAGGAGGAAAGUACAAUCGAGAUGCCGCUUGAGCCGGACAUGUCCUGCCUUGAGAAAACCGACGUGGUUCUGCAUGGUAGCCCGGCGUCAGCCUACCGUAUGGGUGACUCAUAUGACACCUGGUUCAGCCAGCAUUUCGGAGUUCCCACCGUGUUGAUCUACCUUGGCGACGGACGGCGACCUGUCCUGGGUAAAACCCUCCCGCCCAAACCCGCCCAAGAGCAGCAGCGACAGGGGUGGAUGUCUUCCCUGACCUCUUAUAUCACCUCGCCCCAGAAAUCAGACGGCAGCUCGGGCGCGUGGAUAUCUUUCAGUGACGUUGCGCCCUUGAUGGUAGCAUCCGAACCAUCCUUGCAGGACGUCAGAGACCGCCUUCUCAACGGCGAGCCGGUGGAGAUGUAUAAGUUCCGCCCCAACAUCGUCGUCGACGGCGAGGGCGAGGAUUCGUGGGCAGAAGACUUCUGGGCCGAGCUUACCAUAGGGCCUAGCGGAAGCCCACAGCAGGGUACCCUUCAGUUGACGGGUAACUGCGUGAGGUGUCUCAGCUUGAACGUUGAUUACCGGACGGGGAAACCAGCGGAAGGGGAACUAGGCAAUGUUCUGAAAAGACUCAUGAAGGACAGGAGGGUUGAUACAGGGUCAAAGUGGUCACCUGUGUUUGGCCGAUAUGCCUUCCUGGACAGCCGCCACACCGAAGGCAUUACCGUGUCAGUGGGUGAUAGCGUUGAGGUCACUCGGCGCAACACGGAACGUGCCCCGAACCAGAUCCAUGUUUGUCGGGCUCGUCAACUUGCUCAGCCACAACUUCAUCCGAGUCGUGUGUGGGCAUGGCCGCGGCCCUCGGGCGGAAUAUGGUACAUUAUGGCCGUUGAAUAUCGGGAGUCAAGGAAGGGCAUUCUUACUGCGCUUACAUGA